CUUUCUAGUGGUAGAAUAAAAAGACGUUCAUGUUUACACAUAUUAAAUUUUGAAUUGUGUGGCAGUUAAAUAAAAUAUUUGCGGUAUUAUUAAAAAUUGGAAAAAUGCCACUUUGUGCAGCCAUCGGUUGCCGCAAUAAAAGCUACCGAAAAAGUAGAGAACAAAUUAAUGUUGAAGAAAAUCUUGAAAUAACAUUUCACAAAUUUCCGAAAGAAAAAACUAAAAAAUUAGCUUGGGCUGAAGCAAUGGGCCUUCGUGUGGAAUAUUUACCCAAAUCUGCAUAUUUAUGCUCAUUGCAUUUUUUAAAAGCUGAUUUUGAUCGUACUUCUGUUACAUGUACAAGAUUAAGAGAGUUUGCGAUUCCACAUUCAAGUACUUUACAUGAUAAAAUUGAAGAUCAUGAAACUAAUGAAAAUAAUGAAGCAAUGGAAAGCGAAUUGCCAGUGGAAAUGUCAUUUGAAACAACUGAAAAUAAUAAAGCAAUUGAAAGCGAAUUGCCAAUGGAAAUGUCAUUUGGAACAUCUGUUGCCAAUGAUGAAUUGGCAUUGGAGUCGGAAUCAGAAAUUCAAACAUGUCACAUGGAAGAAUGUGAAAGAGAUACCAAAGAAUUAGAGGACACACCAAGAAAAAAAUUAUUGCGUAAAACAUUAGUCAACCAAAGAAAGUUUUAUCAACGACAAGUACGAACAUUAAAGCAAAAAAACAAGCGUUAAGAAGAACGAAUCACAAAGAUAAAUACAAUAUUAAAGGAGUUAAAACAAAAAAGUUUAUUAACAGAUGAACAUGCAGAUUUAUUAAAAA